GUGGGCUUGUUGGAGCUACUUCACUUCCUUUCCAUGACGCAUACAUAGACUUGGUGUGCCAUGACAGCGUUGGAAGCUGAGAGUGAGCAUCUUCAGAGCGCUUUUCUGGCUGAAGCCUGAUGUAGCUUCGGCAGGCGAGAUGUGGACUGUAUGGCAAGCUCCAGAUCAAUGCCCAAUCUCCUCCCAGCCGGAGCAACACAACUGCCUGAGAAUGCCCGUUGGGUGGCAGCACGUGGCAGCGGCUGCUACCACUUCCUGAACUCUGACCAUGUGCAGCACGAACAGCUUCAUGGAGCUGCUCAAUCUGUCAUGUGGGGUCAGCGGCGAAGGCUACAGGAUGAACGUCGACAACGGAGCUUGCGACUUUUGGAUCACUGCAGUGAUGACAUGUCGAGCACCACUCAGGAGAAGCUUCUUGCGGUGCGAUCCAGCACCUAUGACAUCAAUGGCAAGAUCUUUGCAGCCGGCAAACAAGCCACUGGACCUCCGAAGCAAGCUGCACGUGGUCACUGGCUCACACAGGUCAAUGGCAUGACGAACAGAUACAACAUCAUCAAUGGCACAGCGCUGAAUCCUGCCAUCAGCCGCCACAGAGAUGAUGAAGUAGAGAGGCUUUCAGUCACACUUCGAGGGGGCAGCUUUGCUGGACAUGUGCAGCCUUUGCGCGAUGUGGCUUGCUACGACAUACCUGGAUUUGUGCCAAUCAGGCAGCGCGAGCUUCCUGGUAUAGUUGAGCGAACCUAUACUCUGAAUAGCUGAAGGCCACUUUCUUGCUGUGCCUGACCAUCAUGUUUCACCGAGCAGGCUUCCUCAAAGGAAGAUGCUGGUCUGAUGUAGGAGAGCUACCGCGAAGUAUGUGGCAC